AUGGAACCGAUGUCCGUUGCGAGUCUUAGUAGUGAAAUAGUUAAGCUAACGCGAAAAGCUAUUGCAUUAUUAAAACAUAAGCACGAAAUUUUGAGGCAUAUAAGGCUAAUAAGGGAAAAUAUUUCUUUGUUACAAAAUGCUAUUAAUAAUAACAUCCAUUUGAAUAGUCACGUUGAAAAUCCUAUUAGAUUAGAAUCUAAUCUUGGAACGUUGAAAUUUUAUUUGGCCAAGUUACGGCAACAAUUAAAAGAUAAUUCGCUUAAAAGAGGUUGUGGAAUACCUGCCGCCGCCCCCUCUUCACACCCUCUAAUUUGGCAGACUUUAAAUUCUUGCUUUAAAGGUAGAAUGCUUACUGGAAUUAUUGUGAAUACGAUCUACAAAGAUCCAUUUAUUUUCUUGGAUAAGGCAUUUAACAACCUUGUACGAAAAAUUAAACCCAUGCUAAGAAAAUCUAUGCUUAAGGUAAACGUAGUGCUCGCCUGUGAUUUUUUACAUCCUCAAAAUCUUAAUGUGGACCUGAAAACGUUUGCCACAAGGAAUAGCGUUCUCGAUAUAGGUAGUAAUCUAAAAGAGUGGUAUCAGACUCAGGUCAUUGACAGAUUGAGAUCAAAGUUAGAUUUGUUUCAGGAAGAGUUAUCAAAUUGGAGUUUAAUAGAGGUUUUAUAUUUAAAAAUAAACGUAAAUAAAUACGUACCCAUUCGAGUGGGAAGCUUUAGCACCUACGUAAGACUUCCUCCAUUUAUAGCGCGUAAGAAAGCCAUUAUUAAUGUUAAAAAUAACGACAAGUAUUGUUUUUUGUGGUCAAUAGUCUCUGCUCUUUAUCCAGCGCAACGUAAUCCCGAUAGACCUUCUAGUUAUCCUCAUUUCGAUACCGUUUUGAAUAGUGGCCCCAUUACGUUUCCCAUUCAACUAAACGAUAUAAAAAAAUUCGAAAGAUUGAAUAAUCUUGCCAUUAAUUUGUAUUGCUUAGAAAAGAGAAAAGUCCUUCCUUUCAUGUUGAGUGAAAAUCGUGAAGCGCGGGCAAACGCAAUCAAUUUAUUGGUAUUAUCUUCUAAUAACAAUAAGGCUCCAAAAAAUCGUAUUUGCCCAAAAAAUACUAAUUACUUUCACUUUGCGUGGAUUAAAAAUUUAUCCCGUUUACUAUCGUCACAAUUAUCCAAUAGGGGACACGCAAAGUUUUUCUGUAAUAUUUGUUUAAAUCAUUUUUCAUCGAAUCGCCUACUGGAAAAGCACACGGUUCGUUGUCAUGACAUAAAUAAAUGUGCGGUAAGAGUACCUUCCGAAUCGGAGAAAAUUUUAAAAUUCUCUCAUUAUUCUAAUAAGGAAAAAGUUCCGUUCGCGAUUUAUGCAGAUAUUGAAUGCCUUCUGGAGAAUUGUGAUACCGUUUGCGGUAGUGGGGAAAACACAAAACUAUUUCAAAAGCACGUACCUUACAGCGUAGCUUUUUAUCUCAAAUGUGCAUAUGACAAUUCAUUAUCGCGAUUCUCGUUAUACAGAGGCGCGGAUUGUGUAUCGUGGUUUGUAAACAAUCUACACAACAUCGCGCUCUGGGCUAAUGCAAUUAUUAACAAUCCCCUACCGAUGGAAACAUUGAGUGAAGCUCAAGAGGAAGAUUUCAAAAACGCCACCCAUUGUCAUAUUUGUGAGAAACCUUUUUUGGAAAAUGAAAUUCGUUGUAGGGAUCAUUGCCAUUUCACUUCGCGGUAUCGCUCUGCUUCGCACCAGUCCUGUAAUGUAAACUACCAAAACAGUCACGCGAUCCCUGUGGUCUUUCAUAAUCUCAGUGGGUACGAUGCCCAUUUCAUUAUCCGCGAACUUGCAACCGCUAUACCUGGCCAAAUAAAAGUUUUACCUUUAAACAAAGAGAAGUAUAUCUCCUUUUCGAAACACGUGCAAGAUACGAAGAUUAUUUUUAGAUUUAUAGAUUCCUUUCGCUUUAUGAGUAGUAGCAUUGAUAAGCUUGCGUCCUAUUUAAGUAAGGACAAAAAAAAUAUAACGCGCUCGGAGUAUGUCGGCGGUGAAUCCGAAUUCGAGUUACUUACACGGAAAGGUGUAUUCCCAUAUGAAUACGUCGAUUGCUUUGAAAAGUUAAAUGAGCGCUGUUUACCUCCUAAAAAUAACUUCUUCAGUUCAUUGCGCGGUGAAGAAAUUAGCGAAGAUGAUUACACUCAUGCUUUAAAUAUAUGGAACUCGUUUUCCAUAGAGACUCUCGGACAAUUUUCAGAUUUGUAUUUGAAAACUGACGUGUUGCUUUUGGCGGAUAUUUUUGAAAAUUUUCGCAAUACAUGUCUACAGACUUAUAAAUUGGACCCUCUUCACUACUUUAGCGCCCCUGGUCUUGCAUUCGACGCGAUGUUGAAAAUUACCGACGUUCAAUUAGAGCUUUUAACUGACAUAGAUCAAGUAAUGUUCAUCGAAAGAGGAAUUCGCGGUGGUAUAACGCAAUGUUCUACGAGAUACGCGAAGGCUAAUAAUAAGUAUAUGAAGGAAGGUUACCGCCCCGAACUUGAAUCGACCUACUUAAUGUAUUUUGAUGUAAAUUCUCUAUAUGGCGCCACAAUGUGCGAAUUUUUGCCGUACGGAGAGUUUUCCUUUGUAGAUGAGGAUUCAUUUGAAACGUUAGAUAUAUUGAACCACCCCGAUAACGCAGAAAUCGGCUACAUUUUAGAUUGUGAUCUAAAUUAUCCCACGAAUAUCCACUCCUUUCAUAAAGAUCUUCCACUUGCGCCCGAACACCGAACUCCCCCCAAUGGUAAAUUUAAGAAAUUACUUCUGACAUUGUAUUCAAAACAGAACUACGUUUUACAUUACAGAAAUUUAAAGCAGUACAUAAAGCACGGAUUACGACUCGAUAAAAUUAAUCGCGUAUUAAGAUUUCGACAAUCGCCUUGGUUAAAAAAGUAUAUCGAUUUAAAUACGCAAAAGCGACAAGAAUCUACGAAUGAAUUCGAUAUCAAUUUUUAUAAACUAAUGGUAAAUUGUGUAUUUGGUAAAUUGAUGGAGAACGUAAGGAAAUAUAAAGAUGUGCAUUUGGUAAACAAGUGGGGCGGUAGGUACGGCGCCGGUGCUUAUAUAUCCAAACCAAACUUUAAAAGCUGUAUGCUUUUCGAUGACAAUGAAGAUCUAGCAAUCAUAGAAAUGAAUCGUUUGGAAGUACUGCUCAACAAACCCAUUUAUGCAGGCUUAACCGUAUUAGAUGUAUCAAAAACUAUUCUUUAUGAUUUUCAUUACAAUUUCGUUUUAAAAGAGUUCAAGGAUUGCGCAAAACUAUUAUAUACCGACACCGAUAGUUUGAUCUACUCAUUUUCAGUUCCAGACAUUUACGAAUCCAUAAGAGAAAACAUCGAUAAGUUUGAUACGUCGAAUUAUAAUCAUAAUAACGUUUUUGGCAUACCCCUGGUUAAUAAAAAAGUCCCCGGGCUGAUGAAGGACGAGAACAAUGGAAAAAUAAUGCUAGAGUUUGUAGGGCUUAGAGCGAAAAUGUACUCUUAUCUCGUGGACGGUAAGGUAUUCAAGAGGUCCAAAGGUUCAACUUAUGCCAGUAUCCGGGAAAUAACUUUGGAGGACUAUAAAAACAGCAUAUUUAACAAUGCGGUAGUAACACGGCCUCAAUAUUUAAUAAAAUCCCGAAAACAUUUAGUAUUCACGAUCAAACAGAAUAAGGUGGUUUUAAGUCCGUAUGAUGAUAAACGACAAAUUAGUUUAGAUUGUAUUAACACCCUCCCUUGGGGAUAUAACUUUUCUACUUAA